AUGGCAUCAAAAUCGCAACAGAUAUCAGCGAUUGGACUACUGACAGGAGUGGCUUCAACCUAUAACAUUACAGAUAUUGGAGGUGGAUUUCGAGCUGGCGAUGGCUAUUCACCUCUCUUGGCUAGUUUGGGACUUGUCUCUGGAUUGGCAGUCGUAUCACAAAAUCUUUACGUGACAGAUGGCAGUAUGAACCUUUUAAGAAAAAUUGACAUGUCAAACCCACAAAAUCCAAUCAUUCAAACCAUUGCAGGUGUUUUGAAUGACAAAGGAUACAAUGGUGAUAAUCUAUUGGCAACAUUGGCCACUCUCUCUUCACCUUCAUCCAUUGCUUUCAACUAA